UUGAACCGGGCGGCGGGGAAGCGAGGGCUGAGCACUCCUAUGGCCAAGCAGCUCGGCCGCGAUCAGCAGGGUAUCACCCUUCGGGGCAGCGCCGAGAUCGUCGCCGAGUUUUUCUCCUAUGGAAUCAACAGCAUCCUCUACCAACGGGGCAUCUAUCCCCCCGAGACCUUCACUCGCGUCCAAAAGUACGGGCUCACCCUCCUCGUCACCACCGACCCCGAGCUGAAGAGCUACCUCAACAAUGUGGUGGAGCAGAUGAGAGAGUGGCUGUACAAGUGCAUCGUGCAGCGCCUGGUGGUGGUCAUCUCCAGUAUCGAAAACAGUGAAGUGCUAGAGCGGUGGCAGUUUGACAUUGAGUGUGACAAAACUGCAAAGGAGGAGAGUGCACCACGAGAAAAAUCUCAGAAAGCUAUUCAGGAUGAAAUCAGGUCUGUUAUAAGACAAAUAACUGCCACAGUAACUUUUCUGCCAUUGUUGGAAACUGCCUGUGCCUUUGACUUGCUAAUAUACACGGAUAAAGACUUGGCAGUGCCAGAGAAGUGGGAAGAGUCAGGACCACAAUUCAUAGCCAAUUCUGAAGAGGUUCGUCUGCGUUCCUUCACUACUACAAUUCACAAAGUAAACAGUACCGUGGCUUACAAAAAAGAUUCCUUCCCCUAGGACAUGGGGUUUUUGUAUAUAUCCUGUCACCUUGUAUAUUAUCUGUUUAUAGUGCAGCUAAGUCAUUAACAUCAUUGCAGUUGCUCUUGCUGAAGUAUAAUACAGAAAAAAAGGCAAUGUGUUUCUCUAAAAUACUGUGAUGUAACACUAGACCAAGUUGGCAUUGUUCUUAGAGGUCUAAAUAAGAUAUUCGUAAUGAAAGUUCAAUUUUUACUUAACUCUUUGAGCUAAACUAAUGAUGUGU